UUCACAUGGUGGUAUUACAAGAACUAUUAUGUCAAAUUGGAUUAUGGUGUACGUGUGUCAGAUGUACUAAAGAAGUUAUGUAGAGAAUUUAUAGUAGAGGCUGCUUUAUUAGAGAUUUAUUUAGAGCUUCUUAUUCAAAGAAAGAGUACAAAAUGAAACAAUCCUUACUCAAAAUAGCAACAGUUGCCAUCUUACUAGCAACUACCCCAGCCACGCCGUCUCUAUUAAGCUCCCCAAGCAUUGAAGAAACCUUCAAACAAUGCUUAAUAUCCUAUCAGCCAAGCAACAAUUUACAAAGAUGUCUUGGUGUCGGAGCCAUUACUAAGCUACAAUCCCUGGAUUCUAGUCCAGAAUUCGACUUGAUAGAUGGACUCACCAUAUCCAGAAGUACCGCGGCAAGUCAAGAGUUUAGGGAGGAGGUUUAUAAUUAUGCCGAUCAAGACCCUUCGGAUUUUAGGAGCAUUCUGGGCACUUUUGAUCAUGUUUUCUCGAAGCGCGACAUGAAUUGGGACAUGAGCUUUCUUUACCCCGGAUUGGCCAUGCGAGUGGCGCCCUCCGUAUCUCCUGGGGGCGUUUUAGAGUUUAUUAUAGAUCCUCACUAUGAGGCUGCCAAAGUUAAUCAUGUGAAAGAGUUAGGAACAGGGAGACUUUUGGCCAGGCAGUACCUCUUACCGAUGCUACUAGGGUUUAAAUUUAACAUCUCCAGUUUGCUCCCGUUAGUUUUUGGCUUACUGGUACUGUUGGCCAAGAAAAUCGUGUUUAUUAGUAAAAUAGCGCUGAUCCUUAGCAGUGCUUUCGGACUGGGUAGUUUGCUGUUUAAUGGUGGGCAUAAUGAGGCACCAGGAGGGCAGUACUAUGGGUCAUAUCCAGCGGAAAAUGGGUAUUUUGGUGCAACGCAGUAUCAUCAAACUGGGCAUUUGGGGACUCAUUAUAAAGGUUACAAUGGAGAAUAUCCAGAGCCCGAUCUCCAAUAUAGAGGUAUGUCCACAGGACAUACUGUGGACCAACUGAAAUUGUACGGCAGCUUACCAGAUGCCUUUGGAGAUCGAUCCGUAGAGCAAAACGAGCAAAAAAAAGGUCGAAAUUUCGCUUGGAAUGAGGACGAAAAAAUGAAGAAACCGGUUUAGCAUUGAAUUGAUCUCUUAUAGUAUGAAACUGUACACCCAUUACAAAAACUAUGUUAAUGUUACAAAUUGUUAACUGAUGGCUAACGGCAUAACGGAGUAAUAAUUUACUAGCUGGGGCUUUAUUAGGUAACAAUAGUGUAUGAUCUAGAGGAAGUAAUGAGGAUCGUAAAAAGGUUAAUCUUAAAAUUAAUUAAUGCUUUGUUCGAGUGUCUAAUUAAAUGUAAUUUUCUCGGAUACCAUAACGCUUUUCUCAUUUUUUUUUUGUAGGCGAAUGUGGAGUAAGUGUCUUGUGUUUGAUUUAAGCUGUAACAAUUGUUUGGAUGAGACUAAAUUGAUUAAGAGA